AUGAGUGACAAACGCUUUAUGCCUUUUUCGGCCAAAGAUGUUGCAUUGCGGACGAAUUUGAUUUUCAAAUUAUAUGGCUUAGAGGCAGCGGAGGAUUAUUUUAAUAGUAUUCCUGGAAAUCUUAAAAGCUUUGUAGCAUAUGUUGGCCUCCUUAACUGCUAUGCCCAUGAUAAGUCCGUGGAAAAAGCAGAGGCCACCAUGCAGAUUUUAAGGAAUAUAGGGAUUCGGUCACCAUUGGCCUUCAAUAUCAUGAUGAAUCUUUACUACAUCUUGGGGAAGUGGAAGAAUCUAGAUGAUUUAAUGCAAGAAAUGGGAAUAACUGCUGACUGUUACACUUACAGUAUCCGAUUGAGUGCUUAUGCUGCAGCUUCUGAUAUUGCUGGUGUAGAUAAAAUUGUUAAUAUGAUGGAAAGCGAUCCAACUGUUUUUAUCGACUGUAAUACUUUUUCUACUAUUGCUCAGGCAUAUCUGAGACUCGGGCACUUGGACAAAGUGUUGACGGCUUUGGGGAAAAUGGAAGGGGUAGCAAGUAGCAAGAAAACGAGACAUUUCUCCUUCGAUUUUCUACUUAAAAUGUAUGCUGAAAUUGGAAGGAAAAUUGACGUUUUCCGAAUCUGGAACAUGUACAAGAAAGAAAGAAAAAUAUAUAACAGGGGUUAUAUAAGCAUGAUGAGCUCGCUAUCAAAGUUCAAUGAUAUUGAAGGGAUGGAGAAAAUCUUUGAGGAGUGGGAAUCAAGUGGACUUCCUUAUGGUUUUAUGGUCCCAAAUACUCUUGUAAAUUUUUAUUGCAGAAAUGGACAAAUAGAGAAGGCUGAGGCUCUCAUUAACAGAGGAUCACAGAAAGGGGGUAAACCUCUGUCAACUACAUGGUACUAUAUGGCACAAGGAUACAUUAUGAAUAAUCAAAUUUCAAAAGCUGUGGAAGCGUUGGAAAAGGCAGUCUUGGCAUGUCGGCCCAAUGAUCGUCCUAGCAAGGAAACUUUGGUGACCAUUCUGGAAUAUCUGGAAAACAGGGAAGACAGAGUAAAGGAAGAGGAGUUUCUAAGUCUUCUGAAAACGGAAAACGUAUUUCCAGGAGCAGAUCGUGAUAGGAUGCUUCAAAUUGUCAAAGUGGAAGAAAUUGCAGCUUGA